AUGGCUUUCAACUCACGUUAUGACAUAUUUUGCUUCUCUAUUUUGUUUCCCCUUUUUGCUAUAGCUUCUGCUCAGCUAUCUUCAGAUUUCUAUGGAACAACAUGCCCCAAAGCCCUCUCUACCAUAAAAUCUGCUGUGCUGAGUGCAGUUAACAAAGAGCAUCGCAUGGGCGCGUCCUUGCUCCGUCUUCAUUUCCACGAUUGCUUCGUUAAUGGAUGUGAUGCAUCAGUUCUAUUAGAUGACACAUCGAGCUUCACCGGAGAGAAGUCAGCUGGUGCAAAUGUGAAUUCUCUGAGAGGUUUUGAAGUGAUUGACGACAUCAAAAGUCAGUUAGAGACUGCUUGUCCUGGAAUUGUUUCUUGUGCAGAUAUUGUUGCUGUUGCUGCUCGUGAUUCUGUUGUAGCAUUGGGUGGUCCAUCGUGGACUGUUGGGUUAGGCAGAAGAGAUUCAACAACUGCAAGUAAAGAUGCUGCCACUAAGGAUAUCCCAUCCCCAUUAAUGGAUCUCAGUGAUCUCAUAUCUGCCUUUUCAAAUAAGGGGUUUACCACCAAAGAGAUGGUAGUCCUCUCAGGAGCACAUACAACAGGGCAAGCCAAAUGCCAAUUCUUCAGAGGCCGCAUUUACAAUGAAAGCAACAUUGAUUCAGAUUUUGCAACGUCAGUGAAAUCAAAUUGUCCAAGCACUGAUGGUGACAGCAACCUCUCCCCUCUUGAUGUCACAACCAAUGUGUUAUUUGACAAUGCUUAUUUCAAGAAUCUAGUAAACAAAAAAGGGCUUCUACAUUCUGAUCAGCAACUUUUUAGUGGUGGUUCUACAGAUUCUCAAGUCAGUACCUAUAGCACCAGCCCUUCAACUUUCUAUGCUGACUUUGCUAGUGCCAUGGUCAAAAUGGGAAACCUUAGUCCUUUAACAGGGAACAAUGGUCAAAUUCGUACUAACUGCCACAAAGUUAAUUGA